CUAGGGGUCCCGCCUUGUGCCUGCCUAUUAUUGGCUAGCACCGCGGCGCUGCCGUUCCGAUUGGCGGGCGUGGCCGUCCCUCAGCGCUGCCCGGCGGCGGGCCAGGCGGCGGGCGGGCGCGGCGCGGCGGGCGGCAGCAGCAGGCCGCGGCGGCGAGUCCCGGCGGCGGCGAGGAAGGGCCGGUCGCCCGCCGGCGCCCGAGGUGGACCCGGUUCGGACCUGUGGGCACUGCGCUAUGGGCAAGAGGAGCAAGCGGCCAGCCGACAGCUCAUCCUCGGGAGAUGAGGAAGAGUAUGUGGUGGAGAAGGUGCUGGACCGGCGUGUGGUGAAGGGCCAGGCCGAGUACCUGCUCAAGUGGAAGGGCUUCUCCGAGGAACACAACACUUGGGAGCCGGAGAAGAACCUGGAUUGCCCAGAGCUGAUCUCGGAGUUUAUGAGGAAGUAUAAGAAGAUGAAGGAGGGUGACGGGAACAAGCCACGGGAGAAGGCGGAGGGCGCCAAGAGGAAAGGAGGGCUGCCUGCCAGCGGGGAGGACGUCAAGGCCAAGAAGAAGAGGGAGAGCAAUGACAUUGCCCGGGGCUUCGAGCGGGGGCUGGAGCCCGAGAAGAUCAUUGGUGCCACCGACUCCUGCGGGGACCUCAUGUUUCUGAUGAAGUGGAAGGACACGGACGAGGCUGACCUGGUGCUGGCGAAGGAGGCGAACCUCAAGUGUCCCCAAAUUGUCAUCGCUUUCUAUGAGGAGCGGCUGACCUGGCACGCCUACCCCGAGGACACGGACAGCAAAGAGCGCGAGACCCCCAGGAGCUAAGGCGCCCCCCCCUACCUGUACAUAGCCCCCCCCAUCAUCUCGUGUGUGUGUCCCCUGUCCCCAGGGAUCACCUCACACCCCCCUACAGCCCCCCUGGGGACAGGGUUGGGGGCAGUCAUGCCCUAAGGGGUGCGAUGCUCACCCCCCACACCCCUCUUCUUUGGGGAUGUUGGGGGGGGGAGGGAUAUGUCCCCCUGCAUGCCCCCCCCCCCCCCCCCCCGCACCCAACAAGGGUGUGGAGUGGCUUUGGGGGGCUCAGCCCGAGUUUUUUGCUGUUUUUUCUAAGGUGGGUGUUUUUAGUUGGGGCGCCCGCAGGUGUCCCCGUCCCGUCCUGUGGUCCCCCUGCGUGUCCCUGGACCGCGCUCCCCCCUCCCGGGUGCUCCUGGACUGCCCUGUGGCCCCCCUGGGGUGUCCCCGACCCAUUCUGCGGCCCCCCCCCGGGGUGUCCCCAGCUUGUCCUGCAGCUCCCCUGUGUCUGCUUCCAAUAAACGGUCACUUUUCA